AUGCUCAAUGCGUCACAGGUCAACCCAUACUUGAAUCGCAUGGUCAUCGUGUCCAAUGAUCAGUCAAAUCAAGGCUAUUAUAUUUAUGAUGCUCACAAUGCUGACUUCUUUGUUCCUGACGCCUCAUAUGAUUUACGCAUAGCUAAAUUUAAACCAGAAGGUUUUGGUACAUACUCUACGAUGUAUUGCUCAGAGAAAAUGGGGGUUCCAGAGAUAAGGAACAAAAUUACUAUCUCUAGAUCAGACAUCACAGGAGUUCAGAUGAAUGCUCACGCUGCAGAUAGAUUGACCAUCAAAAAGUGUCACGACGAAAUUGAAAAAAAGAAAAAGAGGGUGAAGGCCCAAAAAGAAGAUCAACAAAAUCAAUCAAUAGACGUGGUAUUGCUAUCAGCUCUUGAUGAAACAAAUUGUCCACCUGCCGCACUAGCCACCAUGUCAUUUGUGAAAAUAAUCUCGGUACAUGGAAAAUAUAGUUCUUUUUCCCCGAAGCAACGGCCCACAACUGUACAACUCAUCGCUGAUAAAAAGAUUGAUCUGGCAAAAUUAGUAUAUGAUGGACAAAUUUUCCCAGGCAAGUAUUGGAAGCAAAAUAAAGUGGCACUUACCUGGUAUCAAGGAAAUCUUCACCUAAUACAGCUGAGAGAUAGCGGAUGGUAUUUUCUAACCGACUUAAUAUAUGAAUCAUCCAACGGUGCCAUGAUUUAUUUCUACAUGCUUGGAAUUUCCCCCGAGACUUGGAAUCUAAAAAAUGGAUUAAUCACCGAAAUAAAUAAAAAAUUGAAUUUUCAUGUAUCCAUGAAUUACUUUAAUACUCAUAUCUGGAGGUUAAUUCAACUACCCAAUCUAUCUACAAUGGAAACGGUAGAAAUAAGUGCAGGAAGGCUCAACCCCACUUUUGCCAAUGGCUUUCUUGGCGCGGUUUCAAAUUGA